GUCGAACUCCCUGGCUGUGGAGUUCCAGGACACAAUGGGUCUGGAGAGUUUCAAUCCAGCUGCGACUGGACAGAGGAUUAUAAACACAAACCUGCCCACGAUUCAGCACAGAGCGACUGGUGUAGGGAAUACUGCAACCCUGCUGCCUUUUAGCAGUUGCCAGCCAUGACGAACACGGUAUUUGGGAACAACACUGACCGCUGGGUCUGCCCUAAUGAUCGCCAGCUCACUCUCAGAGCAAAACUCGGGGCCGGCUGGUCAGUCCACACCAACAAAACGGAGAAGCAGCGGAAAAAUGAGGAACUGACUGAGGAGGAAAAGGAAAUCAUCAACAGGGUGAUUGCUCGAGCGGAGAAGAUGGAGGAGAUGGAGCAGGAACGAAUUCGGCGCCUUGUGGAUCGUUUGGACAACAUGCGAAAGAAUGUCCUAGGUGACGGCUUAUCUCGCUGCAUCUUGUGCGGGGAGCAGCUGGGGCUGCUGGGGUCACACUCCGUGGUGUGUGAAGACUGCAAAAAGAAUGUCUGCACAAAGUGUGGGAUUGAAACGCCCAAUCGGCCUCGGACUGUGUGGCUGUGUAAGAUCUGCAGCGAGCAACGAGAGGUCUGGAAGCGUUCUGGCGCUUGGUUUUUUAAGGGUUUGCCUAAGCAAGUGCUUCCAGAACCAAUGCCUGUUAACAAGCAAAAUCUCGAGUCUGCUAAGGGAGAACAUCCUUCACAGGAGCCUCCAGGUCCGGAGCAGAAAGCUUCUCAUAACUGGACUCAGAACAGAGGUCAAGCAGAGGGUGCUAUCCCUGCUGAACAGGCCUCUUAUGGAGAUCCAUCUGAGAAAAGAGAAGUCAGCAGAAAGCCAGGCAGUGAAGUUGGGUCAGUGCCUUCUGUGCGAACUCCUGCCAGUUACGUUUCCUCAGGACGCAGGCCAAUGGAACCACGAGUAGUAGCGGGCAGCGAAUAUGGUGAAAGUGAGAGUCAGGAUGGAUACAGUGGUGAAAUGGAGAGUGACACCAAUAGGAGCCCAGGAGGUGGACGGCGUAACAUUUCAGCUCCGGGUUCACGACCACCCUCUGCUCCACACCAAACUAACCCUGCACAGCCACCUCAAGCAGUGGUAGGUCCUCCCUCCUUGUCGCAUUCAGUGACCAAUCAGCCUACCCCAUCAUCUGACACAAGCUACAGCCCAGUGAAGGAGGAGAGAGCUGUCCGCCAGCACCCACAGUAUACAGCGCCAAGUGCAGCCUCAGCACUGCCUCCCUCCACACGACAGCAGCAGGAGGAUGAGGACGGGGAACUUUAUGACUCGGAUGAAGCCACUACAUUGGGAGCACUGGAGUUCAAUCUAAUAUAUGACCAGAUCAACAAUGCUCUGCACUGCACCAUCAUAAAAGCAAAGGGACUGAAACCCAUGGACUCCAAUGGUUUGGCUGAUCCAUAUGUGAAAAUACAUCUCCUGCCUGGAGCCAGCAAAUCAAACAAGCUACGCACAAAAACACUGCGCAACACCCGAAAUCCCGUGUGGAAUGAACGGCUAACAUACCAUGGAAUCACGGAGGAUGAUAUGCAGAGAAAAACUCUCAGGAUCUCUGUCCUGGAUGAAGAUAAAUUUGGUCACAAUGAAUUCAUCGGGGAGACCAGAGUUUCUCUGAAAAAACUCAAACCCAAUCAAGCAAAGAACUUCAACAUCUGUCUGGAGAGAGUGGUGCCAGUAAAACGAGGCUCAACAGUUGGAUCAACACGGGGAAUGUCACUUUAUGAGGAUGAGGGCGAACAUGGCGUUGAUACUGAAGAGCGAGGCCGAAUUCUUGUCUCCCUCCUGUACAACAGCCAGCAGGGAGGCCUGAUUGUGGGAAUCAUACGUUGCGUUCAUUUAGCUGCCAUGGAUGCUAAUGGAUACUCGGAUCCCUUUGUCAAAAUCUGUCUCAAGCCUGAUAUGGGAAAAAAGGCUAAGCAAAAAACUCAGAUCAAGAAGAAGACGCUGAACCCUGAAUUUAAUGAGGAAUUCUUCUAUGAUAUUAAACACAAUGACCUGGCUAAGAAAACUCUGGAACUGUCUGUGUGGGAUUACGACAUUGGCAAAGCCAAUGAUUAUAUUGGCAGUAUUAUAAUGGGCAUUAAUGCAAAAGGAGACUGCUUGAAGCAUUGGUAUGAGUGUCUGAAGAACAAGGAUAAGAAGAUUGAGCGCUGGCACACUCUGUACAAUGCAAAUCCCAUUCCCAGUGACUGAUCAGCAUUCUACUAGUGCCCAUAUUUAGUUUCAACCAUCAAAUUCAUUCACUUCCCUCCUCCUUCCUCUUUAGUCCCUCUCAUUCCCUUUAAUCUCAAACUACUUUGAUGAGGGGACAACACCUUCAUGAAAAGUGUUCAAUUAACAUUUAUCCUUCGUUUACAUACAAAAUAUACACUACAAUCACCUUAGACCACAUUGUCACACCAUACGUGCAAAACACUGUGAGAAAAAUGGUGCAUGAUUCUUUUGGAAUUUUUUCUUCCCCCAGCCCCUUUAAAAAAGGUUGCCAAACAAUUUUCUGGGAAGACUUUUGUCACAUUAGCAACUAUAUAGGAAUGGGUUUGUGUCUCUUUUCUAAUUUCUGGAAGCACUUAGCCUUUCCUUAAACUUUCUCCAAUUAGAACCAGCUGAAUUACGCAUUGUCUUGGAGGAACUACCAGUUUCCUCAAUACCUUUGUACUGGUACAUGUUAUCACUGGGAGUCCUGUACCAGGGCAGAUCAGCUGAAACCUGCAUGCGGCAACCAGCACUAUCCCCUCCGUUCCCCUGCUAACCUCCCCCCUGCCCAAUGAUGAAUGUUUGUGCUGACCUUCAGUCGCCAAACUACAACUUCCCAUCUGAUAGGUGAAACUGCAGUAGAAUCUGGAUCCCCUAGGUUUCCUAUCCUUUCUCUUAAAUUGCACUUGGGUUGUUUCUGAUCCUCUGUUACUUUAAGAACAAUUUUGGAGCCCAAGUUUGAGGCAUUCCUGAGAUUAAAAGCCCCUUCUGGGUCUAGGGAAGGUCCCUAAACUUUGAAGGGAAUGGUAAUCCGAGAGUAUUAAAAAACAGAAAUGUUUUUUUCCCUUCCGCUUCAACCUGGCCUCUGACUCCUCCUUUGGAGCAGCAGUGUGUCACUCCAACUUCUGCCUCCUCAGUGAGCAGGCACCUCUCUUGCGUCGCUAAAAGUGCUGGCAACUGCUCCAUGUACUCAAACAACUCCUAUCCCCAAAAUAUGGGGUAGGGUCACUAAUAAGCACAAUGCCAGCUGUAAGUCAUGCCACACCCUACUUCUGCCUUCUCAAGGUGGGGUCUGCAGAAUUUCCUGCCUAUUGUCUCUACAUUGAUCUAAAAUGAUUCAAUCUAAACAGUCCAGCAACUGGUUAAAAGGCAAAUUAAGCAAUGUCUUUGACAGUAAACUUUAGAUUUUAAAAUAUAUAUUACAAAUGUUGUCCUAGGUCAAUAGUUAGGUUAUUAAAAAUCAUUUGAGCAUAAAGAUGGAGCCUGGAACUACAGAGUUUGAUUUAAAUUAUGAUAGAGAAUCACUAGCUUCCUGAAAUCGGUAUUUCCAUUGAAGCUCCGACCUCAAUUAUUGACCUAUUUUUCAAGAACAACAAACCCAAAGCAGGGUGGCAGAGAGACCUUAAAGAGAAAAUAUAUUAUCCUAAAAUGCUUGAAGUUGUAAUGGAAAAUCUCGACAUUUCUUGGUGUCUUAGCUAUUGCAACGUUGAUCUGCUAGUUAGAGGAAGAAGAGGAGUGAACAUUUUGUACAGAACCUCCCCUUCUGUAUAAUCAUGAAUGCCAAGUGUUGCCCUCAGCAUGUAAUUCCUAUUCAUGCUAUCACUGGAUGCAAGGCCAUGACAUGAUUAGGAGAAAGUUCUGUAUUAAAUGUCUGCUAUCAGGCUGCCCCUAAUCAUUUGCACUAAAGCACAAACACUGUAACAAAGGAUAUGAGACAAGAAAGAUGAUAUAGUUAUCUUUUUAUAAGUUUGAGGUGAUUCUGUAGAAUAAUUGUUGUUUAUAACUGAGUUAAGGACAAUGUAGAUGAGUUCCUACAGAAGUUAAAGUUUAAAUGGAAAAGUAUGGGGUGGGUGAAUUCCAAUGUAAAAGGAAGAUUUGGGAAGGUUGAGUUUCUGGUUUAGUGUACUUUAAAAACUUGGCUGUAAAAGAACAUCACAUUAUCAUUAGGGGAGAUUUUUUACUAUGCAAUAGGUACUGUAUCUUCAACAGCAGAAUAAUGUUUUCACACUUUUGAUCUUAGUUUUAAUUAAAACUAGUAUCACUGAAUCUGGGAUGACAGUAGGGGUCCUACAGUUGGCUUCAGUGCUCCAGAUUAGGGAAUCUUCCCACUCCUGAUUACUGUUCAAUGCCUUGUGCUGGCUAAGCUUGUAUGUUGGGAUAGAAAAGAAUUAGGCUCAGCUUGCUUACCUGCCUGCAGUACUGAAGGAUUUCUGGACUCACCUUAUGUAGGGCGUCUGGCAGAGAAAGGCAGAAAAUUGAAGCAAAAUUACCUUCCAAACAACUUCUGAAACGAAAGCUGUAAACAUUCAGCAUCUGAGAGAACAUACAAGUUAACAGUUCAGGUGUGAACCCUUCAAGAGAAUGCCUGCUUUUAUAAACUGGUUGUUCUCUCCGCAGCUAUCUGAUCUGUGUGUUUCCAGCAUUUGUUGUUUUUGUUUCAGAGUACCAGUAUAGUCAUCUUUUUGUUUUUUGUCCGCAAAUCUUCCAUUUAAUGUAGCAACACAUUUCCAAAUAAUUAAUUACCUUCUCAUUUUACCAACAUUUCCAUUUCCCUGCAAUUAAAGAGGUCUGCAAUAAAAAGCAUCAACAAAUAAACAAAUAAUUCACUGAAUUACAACAUAAUCCUAAAUGAUUUUAAGAGUACUUACCAAUCAUUCAUCCUCAUUUUGUCUGUUUUAUGCUUUCAAACUGCUGGACUAAUGUAAUCUUGGAGCAGGCAUUUUUAAUAGAAUUCAAUCAUUGGUAUCAUUGUGAAGCAGUAUAGAGGGCCAGCUCAUUUGAUUGAUAAUGUCAGAGUAUGGGAGUCUAGAUAAAAUGACUGCUCCAAGCUGCUUCUGGCCUGCAUUUUGAAAACACAGUACUGAGGAACAAGGCAAGCCAUGAAGCUAGCCUGCCUGCUGGUCUUCAAACAAGUGAUAGGCACAGUGUUUAACACAACUUCCAGUCUGUGCAUAGUAAACAGCAGAAUUUAUUUUGAAAUUGGUCUUGUUGGUACAUAAAUAGCUGUGUUUGGAACAAUCAGUAUAAAUGGCAAUUAGACAUAUUAACCCUCGUCCCCUAACUGUCCAGAGACUUUUGUCAUCGGAUGACUAAAAUUACCUGAAAAUCCAGGAAGUUCAUCCUUUGCGUUCAAAGAACGAUAUUUUUAUUUCAACAGAGUACCAAUUAACACAGAGAAAACACUGUUUAAUUGUUGACUUUCACGUCUCAUUUUCUUAUGUUGCUCAGCCAAGUGCAGCAAGCAGUGUGAUGUGAUUCUAUCAACUGACAACAAAGGCACCAAUAAUCUCUCCACAUGGUGCUGUCAGCAAAGAAUCCACUAUGUUUGCUGUCCAAAAUAAAAUAAUGCUGAGAAAUAGGCACAAAUGUAGUCAGGUCAUGGGCCUCUGUUAUUCCUAACAGGUAUGAAUGAUUUGGAUAAGCUCAAUCUCCAAGUUUGGAGAUGAAGUAAGUAGGCAAGCACAGUGCUACCAAUUCAAAAGAUUUGGAUCUGCUGGGGAACUGUCAAUGUGAAAAGUAAUACUUGAGCAAGAAGUAUAGGACAAUCAUACAGUGUGGAGGGCAAUGAUGAAAAACAGAAUAAAAGAACAGAAAGUAGGCUAUUAGAUUACAGAUGAUCUGCACCUCAACUCCAUUAGCCUACUUUGGCUCCGUAAGCCUGAAUAUCCUUGCAUAAUAAAGUCUAUCAAUUUCAGUUUAAAUUUUUUCAAUUGAUACCCCCCACCCAAAACAGCUUUUUGGAGAGAGAGUUUCAGACUGCCACUGCACUUUGUGGAAUUGCUCCCUGACAUUACCUCUAAAUAGCUUAGCUCUAGUUAUAAGUUUAUGCCUCUUACUCCCUCUCUACCUCCCCCUACCCAAGCUGAGAAAAUUGUUUCUAUCCUGUAAAGUUCUUUAUUGGCAUUGAACACAUCAAUUAGCUCAGCCCUUAACCUUCUAUACUCUUAUCAUUCUGGCGAAUCUGCACUACACUCCCCUCCCUCCAAGAUCAAUAUAUUCUUCCUGAGAUACAGUGCCCAGAACAGCACACCAGUUGGGGACAACCAGAGCUUCAGAUAACUGUGCAUAACUUCUACCCUUUGUUUUCCCAUUCCUGAGAUAAAGGCAACAUUCUAUUGGACUUUCAAAAUUUUUAGUACCCAUGUUUAGUGAUUGCUGUAAAUAGACCUGUAAAUCUCUGCUCCUCCGCUGUUCCCUAUGUUCUCGCCAUUUAGAAAAUACUCUGAUCUAUCUUUCUUAGAUAGAAAGAGAAUGACCUCAUACUUUCCCACAUUAAAUUCCAUCUGCCCGCUCAGUGAAUCUAUUAAUAUCCCUUGCAGCUGUUUGCUCCUAUCUAGAGAAAGAAAGGAGGGGCAGAUGGCAAAGUGGAGUUGAGACCACGACCAGAUCACCCAUGAUCUUAUUGAAUGGCAGAGCAGGCUUGAAGGGCUGAAUGACCUACUCCUGCUCUUAAGUCCUAUGUUACUGUGCUGGCACUAGCGUCCUAACUGAAAUGAAUUGGGAGUGGUGGUGGGAUUAAUCAACUGUUACUUGUGGGUUUACAACACAGUUGCCCAUAAUGGACCGAAUGUAGACAUCUUGCUCCAAGUAGGAAAAUGCAUUGUGUGGUAAACGGAAUAGCUAAACUGAAGCUUUUCUGAGUUUGGAUGGGGUAGGGCUAUCUUGUUGCUAUAGAGUGGGGACAAUGUUAAUCUAAUCGAUGCUGAAUCUGCUGUUUAUGGGCUUAUUUCUGAUACUGGAUGUAAAGUGGUACCAGUGUUCCAUUUCUCAGUACUUACAGCCAUCAUCUGACGGAAACAAAUUCCUUUCCUCCACCCACCACCUAGCAAACAUAUGAAAAUUAACAGCUACAAUGAUAUCCUGUGUUUAUAUAGUACCACUAACAUGGUGAAAUGUCCAAAGGUGCAUUACAGGAGCAACCAAAAACUUCCGAUCAGGGUUUGACCCUAAUAGAAGUUUAGUCAAAGGAGAAGGUUUUAAGGAGUGUCUUAAGGGUGAAGAGAGAGGUAGAGAAGUGGUGAGGUUUAUGGAAGGAAUUUCAGGCAGUAGAAGGCAUAACCGUCAAUGGCAAACAGAAUUAACUUGGUUAUUCCUUAAUGAGUGGGCUUGGGAACUUUAAUUUUAACAUUUAUGGAGCUAUGUAAGUAAUUCAGUUGGUGUAGAAUUAUUGGCUGUGCCUUGUUACAUACAACUGUAGAGACACAAAUUCCAAGUAAUAGUUUAACGAGCACAAUAUCAUCGCAAUAGUAAUCAGGACAGGAGACACAGAAACAUAGCGACUUAUUCAUGAAAUCUCUCUGAAGCACCUUAUAGAAUAAAUUUUCAUUCUCUCUAUCCUAUGUAUGCCAAUUGUCACCUAAUUGUCAAGUCUUCAUCAAUUGCCAGGAGGGAGCUUUUGGAAGAAAGCAAAUACUUGGUACUAAAUACUUCCCAUAAGCAGCUGGCCUUAAGCAAUAUCCAGCUUCUCCAAGUAGCAUAUUAAUAAAAUAAUAUUAGUCUUCCAAUUGUGUUUUAUUGAAUUCUAACUCACCCAAUGUUAGAUUGAAGAUUCUGAAACUGGGUGUCCAUUCAGCCACCCAUGUCCAUUCUGUGGACCCUAGUAUUGAAUAUGAAGAGUCAGCAUGGAGAAAUAAAUGGUGUUGUAAUGAUUUUGUACCUCUAGAUGUCUUCACCUCUUUGUAAAUAGGAUAUGAUACAGUAUUUAAUCAAAUAUGAUAGUGGCAUCUAGUAACAGAACAUCAGUACAUCACUGGCUUUAUUUUCUACUUUAUUAACAGGACAUCUAGUUUACAGCCUUGAUGCUUUCUGUGGUGCUUCACUGGACUGGCAAAUGUCCAUUGGUUAGAUAGAUUCAUUUCCUGUUUUUUUCAUCUCUGGAAUUAAAAUUUCAGGUUAACACUUCAUUGGAAUAGUGCACACAGGGACUUUCGUGACUAAUUUAACCAAAUGUGCUGAAAUUAACUAAUUUCACCCCAUAUCUGAUUUUACCUUUUUUGUGUACAAAACAAUCUGGAGCAGGACAUCUUUGCACAUCCUAAAGUUGACAUAUUUACCCUUACAGUAUUAUAGGGUUUUGCAGCUAUUUUAGUCAGAAUCCCAUCCUAUUAUCCUAACACAAUCUGAACUCUGUAUUUGCAGAGUUUUACAUUUUCAACCUUUGAGUUCCACAUUUGAAGCUUAAUCUUUUAUUAAUGGUGGUUUUAACUAUUAUUUCAAUCCUCCACUUCCCAGCAGCAUGUUAGAAUAAUUUGGAAUCUCACAGACUGAUCAGCAUCAUUGUUAUUGUUAGUUACUGAGUGUCAAAAAUUAGAUGGAGGUGCCCAUUCCUCCAAUAACAACGAUUUACAUUAAAAAGUUAAAAGACUCAUUAAGAACUCGUCAAGUCUCAUCAAGACUCAACAUUUCGCAGAGUGACAGAGACUCGCUGAGAUUUUCUGGGGUCUUCUCUUUAUAUUCUUUCAUGGGAUGUGGGCAUCGCUGGCAAGGAUGUUGCCCAUCCCUAAUUGUCCUUGAAAAGGUGGUGGUGAGCCACCUUCUCGAACUGCUCUAGUCCAUCUAAUGCAGGUUGCUGAUAUUUCAUAGAAUCACACUGACAUUUGCUGAGGUUUCACAGACAAGACUUACUGAGGUUCCAUGGAGUAACCUUGAAUCUCACUAAAACUUCCCAAAACUUCACUGAGAUAGAUAGUACAGAACUUCACACAAGCCUGACUAUAUGAUAUUACAAAAGUCAGUGCCCUUAACAGAUGUAUGGGGUCACAGUACUCCACAUCUCAUUAUCAAACCUCUGUAAAAUGUCUUCCAUAUGAUUCUGGUUGAAAAGGACAUCAUCAAAGUAGUAAGAAAAUGGGAAUCCUUAACAGAAUGAAAAUCAAUCAUUAAUUCCAAUCCUCACUGGUCAUUGAUCUAAUACACAAAGUACUUUUUCCACAUCUUACCUUUAUCUUCAUAUAUGAAUCAGGCUUAUAAUAGGCAUACAUGUCACCUUUUGAUCUCUGUCUUUGCUUCUGUCCAUCUAUAUGUAAUUUACUUGCUGCUACGAGUUUAGGCAGUGCAUGUUGCUAUAUAGCAGGCACUUCUAACAACAACCUAAAUUUGGGGCUUUUGUGGGGGUGUCAUUCAAUAACAACAACGAUAAGAUCUAAUUUGAUGCUAAUAUCUAGAAGUAUUAAAAUCAAAAAUAAAGUGCCACUUUAUAGUGUGCUUCUGGGUAAAAAGAAAUCUGCCAAUACCAAAAAAAUGCUGGUAAGAGUCAGCUAUACGGUACAGCCCCUAGCUCUGCGUAUAAGCAGCAUGUGAUACCUUCUUAAUCAGCAUGUUCAAACUGGUUACGAUUGGAAGCUGUAUAAUAUGUUUUGCAGUGGAUUUACAUUCAAUUGGAUGUAAAGAAACCAAAACUUGAUUUUGUAUUGAGGUGCCUGCAAUACUUAAGCUGUCUUCCAGUGCAUGCAGAUUAUAAACUGUGAACACUUCGUACUGAUGUUGCCUAUAAAGCGGAUACUACACACAA